AUGUCGGACCAAAUGAGCAUGGCCGUGGCGUCCCUCCAGCCUGAGCAGUGGACGGCGUCACUGAAUGAGGCUUUAUCAAUUUUUGUUACUGAUACACAAGGCAAAGCUCAUAAUUUCAGUCCUCUCUUCACGUACCCCAUCUUUGGCGAGGCCGAGACGAUCUUCGGGUUCAAAGGGCUCAGAAUAUUCUUGUGCUUUGACUCAGUGACAUUUUUGCCCUUUUUGAACUUGAAGUUCGACAAUAAACUUGAAGACAUUGAGGUUGACCCAAAAAGCAAGUUGCUCGAAUUGUUGCCUCUGCUGACCGUAUAUAAGGACGAGGCAAAGUGGAGGGAUUCUAUCGAGGAGGAGCAGAAAAAUUACCAAAUUCCAGGCACGAAAGUGUGUGAGGAUUUUACGAAAAAUGGGGAGCAUUAUGCGAUCUAUAAACUCGACUUAACCUCUGAGAGAGGCAUUGAGUUGCACAAAAGACUCCAAAUCUUGGUGCUUUUGUUCAUUGAGGCCGGAACUUACAUCGACUUCAAGGAUCCCUUGUGGGAUCUCUAUGUGAUGUAUAGAACCACUGACGCAAGCUUGCCUGAGGUGGUUGGCUUUGCAACCGCGUACAACUAUUGGGUGUACCCUGGACUGGCUGAUUUUGAUUCUGGCGUUGAGAAAAUUCGCAAGAAGAUCUCUCAGUUCGUCGUCUUGCCUCAUCUCCAGGGACAAUCUCUUGGAGCUGAGCUCUAUGAAAGGCUCUACAAAUUAUGGCUACAGGACGAUCGCAUAGUAGAGAUCGUUGUAGAGGACCCAAACGAGAGUUUUGACGAUUUGCGCGAUCGUGUGGACUUCACUCGUUUGGUCGAAGAAAAGAAAGUGGACUUGUCUACAUUGAAGGUCGAAGACGUAACACCUCAGUGGAUUGAAACGUUCAAGAGACGGGAGAAGCUUGAAAAACGUCAGCUUCUGCGCUUGCUUGAGAUGUUCUUCUUGCACCAAUUGAAGUAUGGUCCAGCUAAACCUUCUAAGAAAGCUGUACGGCUUUUCAUCAAACGGAGACUUUUCGAGAAAAACCGAGAGGCUCUCAGCGGGCUUGAUGAGCCUACCAAACUCGACAAGUUGCAGACUGCAUACGAGUCGCUUGCAUCAGACUAUUACCGAAUUUUAGAGCCCCUUGAAAAGAGAGCCAAGCGAUCAAUUGACAACGGGACCAGUGGUGGUGAUGCAGAGGGAUUUGAGUCAACUGCAAAGAAACAGAAGAAGGAAUAG